AUGCGAGUCUUCACACUGAGUAAUUUCUCCACGCUUUGUGGACUUCUGCUCCACACAGCGUCUGGUUCCCAAAAAGAACCCGACCUCCGCAACGUCUUCCAGGAACCAGAUGAUCCUCUCUGUACAAGCCAUCUCGUUCUACCCGGAGACAGAUGCGCCAACCUUGCCGAGCAAUAUCACGUCACUGUUGCCGAUAUCGAAAGCUAUAAUAAAGGUACAUUUGGUUGGAAUGGCUGGGACAAGAUCUUUGUUGGAACGUUCAUUUGCCUCAGCGCUGGAUCUCCUCCAAUGCCAGUGGCCCUUCCCCAAGCCAUAUGUGGCCCUCAAGUCCCUGGAACAGCGCGUCCGAGUAACAUGUCCGACCUUGUGGAUCUGAAUCCCUGCAUUGCUCCCGACUGCAAGUGCAGUGUGAACGGUGGCUUUUGCACAGAUACGGUCAACUACAACCAUGCAUGUCCCACAGGAGCAGCGACUAGUUCAACGACAGGCAGUACUAGCAAGGCUACCACAAUCACAACAACAACCGCCGGUCUGAGCGCUGUUGGUCCGCCGAUAAAGGAAACUAGAAAGUACAACUACGACCAGUACCAGCACAACAAAGACAAUCACGACCACAGCCACGACUACAGAGAAAACGACGACUAUGAAAACAAUAGCAAAGACCACCACAACAACAACCAAGCAAGAAGAGCCCACCGCGAACCCAAACGUCAGCAAAUGGAGUCUAAACAUCUUCUCCAAAAAGAAUUGCAAAGGCGACUUCUACCUGCUAGAAGGCUACAACCCUGGGAAAACAACACUAUGCACCAGCCUCCGAGAUAUAAAAUGUCCACAGACGAAAAAGCCGACGCAUGGUGCCGCUGGGUCUCAACCAGCGACGCAAUGUUCAUCCCCUGCUCCUCAAGUCCACUCCGAACGCCCGGCUCCUGGAAUUUCAAAAAUGCUGUGUGCAGCGUGUACAAGACGGACGACUGCUCUGGUAGUGCCGUGCAAUCGUAUACGAGCUACGGAUCGGUUCAGUGCCAGGAUUAUACGGAGUCGUCUUCGAUGUCGGCUAUGGAGUGGAAUUCGAUGAAGUGUCAGACGCUGAAGGAGGCUUAUGAUAGUGGUUCGUCUUAA